AUGAAAAUUAAUAAGGAUGAAAGAGCACGUGAUUUAACGGCAUGUAUACUGGAGCAGGAUGGUCCUUCGAGGGUGAUAUCGGUUCAAAUGGAGCUCGUUACAAUGCAGUGGUUGACCACAAAUCAUUUAGCCUUUCAUCCUGAUCUCAUUUCACCUAAUGUGUUGGAAAAACUUAUCAAGCAACAUGUUAAGAGGGUCGAACUUACUCAUCUGCCUGACAUGAAUGAUCCAAAAACAGUUAUCCCUCGAACAGCAAAACUGUAUACAAAACAGGAACCGUCGGAGAAAUUUGUUUUAAUUCUAGAAGGUCGAGCGAUGGUUACGAUUGGGCAGAAUGAGAUGACAUUCGAAGCUGGUCCAUGGCAUUGUUUUGGUGGUCAACUGUUAGAACGAAUUGCUCUAGCCCAGCAGCAGUUGCAGAAUCAGCAACAACCGCAAGUUAGUGGCGGUAGUGGUGGUGCUAGUGGCAUUAUUGGCAGCGCUGUUAUGCAAACGCCAGUGUCACAAUCAGGCAAUUCAAUAGCAACCACGCAAAUGUUGGAAACAUUGAAAAAGCCAACUUUUGUCCCAGAUUUUUCGGCAGUUGUUCGUGACGAUUGCACUUAUUUGGAGAUCACCGCCCAGACAUAUCUUCUCGCCUAUAAAUCAACUUUGAUCUCCAAAGGAAGCAGGUUUCCAAAUAAAAUUACUCAUAGAUUUACUUUGGCCAAUAUAGAACCAUUAAACAUUGACGAAGAAAUGCAAAUGGAAGAAGGGAAAAAAAGUUGCAUGAAUAGUUGCAGUGAUUUGAAUUCUUAUCAAUCGAUUGAUUUUUAA